AUCACUUCUCCCGGCACCGCCAAUCACUCUGGGCCCCGCCCCUACGCGUGACGUAAGUAGGGUGGGUAGCAACAGUUGCCCCGGUGAGGGAAACGGAGGCGCCAUAGCCACGGUAGUCGUGGCGACCAAGCAACCCGGCAACGCGAGUCAACAACAACAACCGCCCGGUCGACCCCCACCCCCGCCCCCCCGGCGCGGCCUGGGGACCCUGGCACGUUCCGUCUCCCUCCCAACAUCGCCUCUGAGACCUCCGAAAAGCCUUUCUGCGGACAGAAGUGGGGAGAAGCCGAGCUGGAGGGCCACCUACUGAUGCUGCAUGGCACACAGGUGCUAGAGGCCACUCAGAAGAGCCAUGUGAUCCCAGGUCACCACGAGCCCCACGUGGAGUUUGCAGACUCCAGGCAGGGCCUCAGGGUACGGCUUCUCCUGUUCACCGUUCAGUUUGCUGUCCCUCAAGUGCUCAGAACUGAAGAGGGGGACCCAAACCAUCCGGCUUUCCCUACUGAGGUGGGGCUGAGCAGGAGAGGGGCGGGCCUGCCCAGCACCUGAGAAGGGACCCUGACCUCGAGCAGCCAGAAGAGCGGCCUCUGCUGCCCAGCCAGCUUGCCCCGCCAAGGGCAGUGCGGCUGCUCUGCCCGCUCCUGGCCCAGCUGCCCCCAGCCUCAGAAGGGCACUUGCACCCAACGCGAGAUCCAUAACAGCCCCUGGGCACAGGACCCUAAGGCCUCUGUGGCCACGAGCAGCUCAAGGGGCUCAUUUGGGACUCAAACACCUUCCCAUGUCUGGCACCAAACUGGGAAUGAGACUCAGCCGAGAAUCCCAGUCCAGGUGGCGGGCACACAGGGUUGGCACCGGCAGCCCCAGAGGCAGCUUGCCCCUUGACUUACCUUUCCAGCCAUAUGCUGGCUAGUCAGUGCCCAGAAUGCUCUGCUUCAAACUCAGCUCUGUCACCCCUGCUGUGUGGCCCAGGGCAAGUGCCUUCCCCUCUCUGAACCUCAGCAAUUCAUCUAGCAGAUUGAACCUCAACCCAGUCAUAGUGUUAAAAGUGAAACAACAUAAGGGAAGCUCCCAGCAGCGUCCAGCUGGCAGGAGCCCCUAAAAGAUGCCCAGACCAAGGGGAAGAAGAAAGGGGAAGGGGCGGCCACUGGACUUGCUGGGCCUCCCCAGUGAGAACUGAGCAAGAGCACAGGGCCACCAGAUGGGUCUCUUCUCCGUGGCGUAGGGGAGCAGGACCUGAAGUGGACACGUGGGGUCCCCCAGGCACCAGGGGCUGGAGAGCAGGAGUCCUGGCCAGGGGAGUGGAGAAACAGACAGGGUCCAGCCUCUGUCUGUGCCCAGUCUGCCCGCAGUCAUGGUCCGGUGUAGCUGGCCGCCAGCCUCAGGAUUUAAUUAAGUUAGUGACGAGCCCAGUGCAUCUCUGGGGAGCCAGGAGCUGUCCCUGCUGUGGAUUAAUUCUUGUUUUUCCUUCUUUUUUCCCCCUCUCUCUUCCCCUCCUUCUUUCUUCCCAAGGAAGAGAAAAAAAAAAGCCUUAUUUAUUCUCAUUUCCCCACUGUUGGCAUGGCAACCCAGGCGUACGUUACGGAGCUACAGGCAGCCCCGCAAGCAUCCCAGCCACCGCAGGCCCCGCCCCAGCCCCAGCCACCACCACCACCCCCAGCGGCGCCCCAGCCCCCCCAGACACCCACUGCCUCAGCCACCCCCCAGCCCCAGUAUGUCACCGAGCUGCAAAGCCCCCAGCCCCAGGCGCAGCCACCGGGCAGCCAGAAGCAGUACGUGACGGAGCUCCCGGCUGCCCCCACGCCCUCACAGCAAGGUGGCGCGCCCACCCCGUCCCCCGCGUCCCAGCAGUACAUCGUGGUCACCGUCUCUGAGGGUGCCAUGCGAGCCAGUGAGACGGUGUCAGAAGCCAGCCCGGGCUCCACAGCCAGCCAGACCGGCGUCCCCACUCAGGUGGUUCAGCAGGUGCAGGGCACCCAGCAGCGCUUGCUGGUGCAGACCAGUGUGCAGGCCAAGGCGGGCCACGUGUCACCCCUCCAGCUCACCAAUAUCCAGGUGGCCCAGCAGGCUCUCCCCACACAGCGUCUGGUGGUGCAGAGCACAGCGCCAGGCAACAAGGGUGGCCAGGUGUCCCUGACAGUCCACGGUACCCAGCAGGUGCACUCGCCUCCUGAGCGGUCGCCGGUGCAAGCCAAUAGCUCCGCCAGCAAGACAGCUGGGGCCUCCACGGGCACAGUGCCCCAGCAGCUGCAGGUUCAUGGUGUCCAGCAGAGUGUCUCCGUCACCCAAGAGAGGUCUGUGGUCCAGGCCACCCCGCAGGCACCCAAAGCGGGCCCCGUGCAACAGUUGACCGUGCAGGGACUUCAGCCAGUCCACGUGGCUCAAGAGGUGCAGCAGCUCCAGCAGGUCCCGGUGCCGCAUGUGUACUCCAGCCAGGUCCAGUACGUGGAGGGCGGCGACGCCAGCUAUGCAGCCAGCGCCAUGACCGUGCCCCUCGGCCACCCAGCUCUCCCCGCCCUGGCCCUCACGCCCACCCCCUCUGCCUCUCCCAGCCGCUCCAGCACCUACGCCUACCCCGAGGCCCCACUGUACACACAGCCGGCGGGCACCAGCUACUACGAGGCCGCAGGCACGGCCACCCAGGUCAGCUCACCGGCCACCUCCCAGGCGGUGGCCAGCAGCGGCUCCGUGCCCAUGUACGUGUCCGGCAGCCAGGUGGUGGCCAGCUCCGCCAGCAGCGGGGGUGGGGCCAGCAACAGCAGCGGAGGUGGCGCAGGCAGCGGCGGGGGAGGCGGCGGCAGCGGGGGUGGCAACGGCGGCAGCGGCAGCGGCAGCAGCAGCAGCGGCGCAGGCACCUAUGUGAUCCAAGGUGGCUACAUGCUGGGCAGCGCCAGCCAGUCCUACUCCCACACCACCCGUGCCUCGCCAGCAACGGUCCAGUGGCUGCUGGACAACUAUGAGACGGCGGAGGGCGUGAGCCUGCCCCGCAGCACCCUCUACUGCCACUACCUGCUGCACUGCCAGGAGCAGAAGCUAGAGCCCGUCAACGCCGCCUCCUUCGGCAAACUCAUCCGCUCCGUCUUCAUGGGGCUGCGCACACGUCGGCUCGGCACCAGGGGCAACUCCAAGUACCACUACUACGGCCUGCGCAUCAAGGCCAGCUCGCCCCUGCUGCGGCUGAUGGAGGACCAGCAGCACAUGGCCAUGCGGGGCCAGCCCUUCUCCCAGAAGCAGAGGCUGAAGCCCAUCCAGAAGGUGGAGGGCGUGACCAACGGGGUGGCCGUGGGGCCGCAGCAGGCCGUGGGGCUGUCCGACAUCAGCGCCCAGGUGCAGCAGUACCAGCAGUUCCUGGAUGCCUCUCGGAGUCUCCCUGACUUCACUGAGCUUGACCUCCAGGGCAAAGUCCUGCCCGAGGGCGUCGGGCCGGGGGACAUCAAGGCCUUCCAAGUUCUGUACCGGGAACACUGUGAGGCCAUCGUGGACGUCAUGGUGAACCUGCAGUUCACGCUGGUGGAGACGCUGUGGAAGACCUUCUGGAGACACAACCUCAGCCAGCCCAGCGAGGCCCCUGCCCUGGCCGUGCACGAUGAGGCUGAGAAGCGGCUGCCCAAGGCCAGCCUGGUGCUCCUCUCCAAGUUCGAGCCUGUGCUGCAGUGGACCAAGCGCUGCGACCACGCGCUGUACCAGGGCCUGGUGGAGAUCCUCAUCCCUGACGUGCUGCGGCCCAUCCCCAGUGCCUUGACCCAAGCGAUCCGGAACUUUGCCAAGAGCCUGGAGAGCUGGCUCACCCACGCCAUGGUGCACAUCCCCGAGGAGAUGCUGCGGGUGAAGGUGGCCGCGGCCGGCGCCUUCGCGCAGACGCUGAGGCGCUACACUUCGCUCAACCACCUGGCGCAGGCGGCGCGCGCCGUGCUGCAGAACACGGCGCAGAUCAACCAGAUGCUGAGCGACCUCAACCGCGUGGACUUCGCCAACGUCCAGGAGCAGGCCUCGUGGGUGUGCCGCUGCGAGGACCGCGUGGUGCAGCGUCUGGAGCAGGACUUCAAGGUGACGCUGCAGCAGCAGAACUCGCUGGAGCAAUGGGCGGCCUGGCUGGACGGCGUCGUGAGCCAGGUUCUCAAGCCCUACCAGGGCAGCGCCGGCUUCCCCAAGGCCGCCAAGCUCUUCCUCCUCAAGUGGUCCUUCUACAGCUCCAUGGUGAUCCGGGACCUGACCCUGCGCAGCGCCGCCAGCUUCGGCUCCUUCCACCUCAUCCGGCUGCUCUACGAUGAGUACAUGUACUACCUGAUCGAGCACCGCGUGGCCCAGGCCAAGGGCGAGACCCCGAUCGCCGUCAUGGGCGAGUUCGCCAACCUGGCCACUUCGCUGAACCCCCUGGACCCGGACAAAGACGAAGAGGAGGAAGAGGAGGAGGAGAGCGAGGACGAGCUGCCACAGGACAUCUCGCUGGCGGCUGGCGGCGAGUCGCCCGCGCUGGGCCCCGAGGCCCUGGAGCCGCCGGCCAAGCUGGCGCGGACCGACACGCGCGGCCUCUUCGUGCAGGCGCUGCCCUCAAGCUAAGCCCGCAGCCCCGCCCCGCCCGCCCCUCCCGCCCCUCCGUUCCUCCACGCCCCUCCGUUCCUCCACGCCAGGGUCCCUCACGGCUUCUGUGGCUUCGCUGUCACCCCUCCAGGCCCGGGCCAGGGCAGGAGGGGGCCUCCGAGACAGGGAAGGCAAGGGGGCCCCGCCCCCCCCAUGGGGCCGGCACAAUCACAGGGCUGGGCGGAGCCGCAGCUGCAAACUCUGACACAAAAGACGUGCCUUAAGGAACCCGCCGCCUUGCCCAGGUGCCCCACAGGGCAGCUCGGCCCCUGCCUCCCACCCUGCCAACCAAGGUCGCAGCGUCUCCCCCACAGGCCCGCCGCCCCAGGGGGCAGGCAGGCAGGCCCCCUCUCCUAGGAACUGUUAACUUAUUCUGCUCGCUGGCUUUGCACAGCCUGUCCUGGGCCCAGCCGAGCCCCGGGCAGGCGCAGGUGGGUGGCACCUGGGGACCCCCACUGUCAGCAGCAGCCCCGGGACAACCCCCCACCCCCAGCAACCCCACUGCUUCCCCCUUCUUGGUAUAAGUGCAAUUAAAGCUGUGGGUGUUGCAUCUUCUCCAGAGCUGGGCCUCCCUCGCCCCGUGGCCCCUAGAGAGAGGGGGCCACUGCGACGGCGGCAGGGGCCGCGGCUUCCAGCUUCCAAAGAAGAGCAGCGGGCUGCUGCAGGGCCGGGAAGUCCCCGCGCCCGCCCGGCCAGUGCUGGGUGCUCCACACAUCCGAGGCCCUGCGCCCUGCGCCCUCUGCGCUGCUGGUUUGUAAUGGAACCUUCUCCUGGAGACUCGCUUCUCCUCCGUGCCGUGGACCCCGCCCCCCAUGACUAUUGUGCGAUUUGUGAGCGCCGCCUGAGCGGAGUUGGUAACUUGUUGGGUUUUUUUCCAACCAUCAUGGCCUUAUCUGUUCCAGUUUUCUCAGUGUUUUCAACCUGUGAGAUAGAUGUUUAUGGCAAAAAAAAGAAAAAAAAAAAAAGGAAAAUCUGACCUAUUGUAUAAGAAUCACUAUUUUGUGUGCUCCGCGUGCUACAGCUUUUGGGGUGGCCCUGCCACUUCCCCAAUGCCCACGGGGCCUCCCCUCUCCCCGGCGGUGAAAGUGUCCACACGUGUGGUAGUUUAGUGUGCCGAGCUGUUUUCUACCUUUUUGUAGUCUUUCUUAAAACACAAUAAAUUCCGCUGUGAUA